UUCCUACCCGAUCGCAUCCUGUCAACCUGAUUGUAGCCAUACUAGCCUCAAAGUCGCUCRUUUUAUCAUUACCUCAGUAUAUUAAUAUAAUCAUAUUUCUAUAGCGUUAUUUUUAUCAUUCCUGUUGAAAAUUGUGUUUAUCCAUUCAGUUAGUGAUUUUUGUAAUUCGAUUAUUGUGUUCUGUGUCUUUUGUUUGUCUCUUUAGCUAGCAAACGUUAGCUACCAGUACCUAGCUAACGUUAGUGCUAACGUUAACAUUAUUAGUUGGUUCGGCAUCUUUAUUAAACGUUAGGAAAUGAAGAAGAGCAACGUCAAGUUUAUGAGGCGAGAGGUCAGCUCCAUGAAAUAUUGCUCCGUUCCGUUGUGUACCUCCUCAGCGAAAUACUACUCGUUGAGUUUUCACUCAUUUCCCAGUGAUAAUGAGCUAAGAGCAAAAUGGAUCAUCAACAUUCACAGGGAAAACUUCACCAUCACAAGUCACUCCAACGUUUACCACACCGUAGACACUUUUUACCACAUGAUUUCAUUGAACCUUCUAGUGGGCUUCGACGUCUGAAGAAGGGAGCAGUACCUUUGCUAUUCCAGUGGAAUAACUACCAUGUCCAAGCAAGAGCAAGUGUUUUCGGAAAGAAGGGAGAGACCAAGGACUGGAUGUGUGAAGGACAACCAUGUUGAAGAUGGAGAGAAUGAAAAGAUGGAUAACUACCAUGACCACGACUACUGUGCAGUGCCUGGGCCCACUGCAGUUGACCUGAUUUCGAUUGAGAGGGAAGAAAUGCAGAAAGAGAUUGAGGACCUACGGAACAAAGUAGAGGAGUUGACUGCGAGAAGUCRUUUUGGGCUGCAGCGAUUUGUGGGAUCAGAUGCACAGAUACAGUCCCUCACAAGAUUUGCCUGAUAUGACCAUCCGAUGGCCUUUUGGUCUCUCAUCGAACCGUCAACUGCCAAUAUUGUCCGUGUCACACGAGCAAGGAGAGCCAAGCUGAGGAAUGAGGAGAAAGCUGAAGCAUGGAUUCAGCUCAGGGGAACUUCUCUCCACUCAAACGCUUUGUAGUGGCCAAAAAGAAGAUCAGUGAUGUGUUUGAGCAACUGCUGRAGUAUGUGAAGGAAUGCUCAGCGUUUGUAGAAGAAACGUGUCAGAAUGAAGCCUUGGAGAACAUUGCAAGUCGUGACCAACAGGAGCAGAUUCAGGCRUAUGCUGGCAAACUGCAAACUAUCAAAGAUGUGCUGGCACGCAGACACAUGAAGGUGGCCUUCUUUGGCAGGACGAGUAAUGGGAAGAGUACAGUGGUCAAUGCCAUGCUGAGGGACCGGGUGCUGCCCAGUGGMAUGGGUCACACCACCAACUGCUUCCUGAGUGUGGAGGGCACGGACGCGGACCACGCCUACCUCAAGACCGAGGGCUCAGAGGAGGAGAAGAGCAUCAAGGGGACAGAUGUCACUACGCAGCUGGACAGCUGGAUCGACAAUUUCUGCCUGGACGCCGAUGUCUUCGUGCUGGUGGCGAACUCAGAAUCAACCCUCAUGAACACGGAGAAGCAUUUCUUCCACAAGGUGAACGAGAAACUCUCCAAACCUAACAUCUUCAUCCUCAACAACCGCUGGGAUGCCUCGGCCAACGAGCCAGAGUACAUGGAGGAUGUGCGGAAGCAGCACACGGACCGCUGUGUCAACUUCCUGGUGGAGGAGCUGAAGGUAAUGGACCGGGAGCAGGCGCCCAACCGCAUCUUUUUUGUGUCGGCCAAAGAGGUGCUCAACUCCCGCAUGCAGCGAGCUCAGGGUAUGCCAGAGUCCGGKGGAGCUUUAGCAGAAGGCUUCCACGAGAGGCUCAAGGAGUUCCAGAGUUUCGAGAGGAUAUUUGAGGAGUGUAUCUCGCAGUCAGCAGUGAAAACAAAGUUUGAGCAGCACACUAUAAGGGCCAAGCAGAUCACUGAAACGGUCAAAGCCAUCAUGGAUGCCAUCAACAUCGAGGCGGCAGAGAGGAGAGUGGCCUCAUUGGAGGACCGUGAAUACCAGAUGGAUCGUCUGGAGUUUGUGAAGAACCAGCUCAGCCUGCUCAUAGAGGACAUCAAGAUGAAGAUCAAGGCCAUUACAGAAGAGGUGGAGAGCAAGGUGUCCAGCGCSAUGGGCGAAGAGAUCUGUCGUCUCAACGUGUUAAUUGAGGAGUUCCACUCGGACUUCCAACCUUCGCCCCACGUCCUCAAGCUCUACAAAUCAGAUUUACUGAGCCAUAUUGAAGAGGGCAUGGGCAAAAACCUGGCCUUCCGCUGCUCCAAUGCAGUCAACGCCUCCGUGCAGUCCUCCCAGAGAGACAUGAUCGAGAGUCUGCAGCCUCUGCUGCCCCCUGCUGUUCAGAGCCAGAUACAAAUGCUUGUGCCAAGCCGCAAAUUUGACCUGAGCUACAACCUGAACUGCGCCACGCUCUGCUCAGACUUCCAGGAGAACAUUGAGUUCCAGUUCUCAAUGGGCUGGACGGCACUGGUCAACCGCUUCCUGGGGCCUACCAAUGCAAAGCGGGCCUUCAUGCUGGUCGACAGGAACUUCCAAGUAACGCAGAUGACACGCUCCCUGUCCACCACGCCCUCCAGUGGCCCCUCCAGCGUGGCUGUAGCACAUCCCCAGGACGCAGCGCUCUCCCAAGAGGAGCUGAUGAUGUCCAUGGCCACCAACCUGGCCUCCMUCACCUCCCGCACCUCCAUGACUGUGGUCAUCGUUGGAGGAGUGGUGUGCCGGACGGUGGGCUGGCGGCUCAUAGCCCUGUCGGCCUCCAUGUACGGCCUGCUCUACCUGUGGGAGAAGCUCACGUGGACCACCAAGGCCAAGGAGCAUGCGCUCAAGCGCCAGUUUGUGGACUACGCCACAGAGAAACUACAACUCAUCGUCAGCUUCACCAGUGCCAACUGCAGCCACCAGGUCCAGCAGGAGAUGGCCACGACCUUUGCGAGGUUGUGUCAGCAGGUGGACCUGACACAGAGGGAGCUGGAGGGAGAGAUCAGCCGACUGACCGCUAAGGUCCAGACUCUGGAGACCGUCCAGAGCCACUCCAAGACCCUCCGGCACAAAGCCACAGAGUUUGAGAGGCAAUUGGAGACUUUUACAGACCAGUAUCUGAAUCCCCAUAAAUGAUGGACUGGGUUUCUCGCUCUGGCUCUACUGGCUCCCCUAGCGACUCAGUCCUAGCAAAUGUCAUUGACUCUCCCCCCCGGACCUCCCCUCCACUCAGAGAAAAUAGGUCCACCCUCGACAAUAUUGCUCCCGGGAUUCCCCCACCUCCGAACAGAUGUUUCUCCAAGAGAUUUGUUGAAGUGUGUCCAGUCUUCCACACACUUUAGAAAAGGACUUUUCAGAGAACAAACUGCCCAUUAGUUCAACAAACCAAACUGCCUGUAACACAAAUACAAACUCUGUGUAACUGUGUGAUUCAGUCGUGUGAAUACAGUUCCGAAGGUCAGGACAUAAAAACUUGGUUGGCAUGAGAUUGAAGGUUGGGUGCUGUAGCCUGUACAUUGACACUACUGCUCUUAUAACUGUGAAUAUGCCUUUCAUUAACUCCUGAAGUAAUUGUGUGUGUGUAGGUAGACAAAUGUAGGCAUGUGAUUUUCAUUCAGAUCUGAAUUUGUUCUGGUUUACCCCAUUGUAAAAA